AUUUAAUUUCAAUUAUUUAAUUUCAUGAUUUUUUAAAACGAAAAUCUCAUUUCAGAAAUUGUAGAUAUUAACAUUUUACCUUAUUAAUUAUUCUCUAUUCUUAUACGCGUAAAUUUAUUCAUCAAAAGCGCAGACAACGGAGUAUAAACUUCAAGAUGCAACAGAGUGUCAUCGUUUUAAAAAACGGAAAAAUUGUUAACGACGAUCUCAUGUUUGAUUGUGAUAUAUUAGUAACAGAAGGAGUUAUAAAAUCUAUCGGUAAGGAACUAAAAGCUCCAGAAAAUGCUAUAAUUUUGGAUUGCAAAGGAAAAUUUGUGAUUCCAGGUGGGAUAGAUCCUAACACUCAUUUUGAAGCGUCCUGGAAUGAUAUAGAAUCAGUAGAUGAUUUUUAUGAUGGUUCAAGAGCAGCUCUGGCUGGAGGUGUAACCAUGAUAAUUGAUUGCGCUAUUAAAGCAACAUCCAAAUCACUGACAAACACUUUUAAAGAAUGGAAAAAAAAAGCCGAUUCCAAGGUAUGCUGUGAUUAUUCAUUGCAUGUUGCUAUCCCUAAAUGGGAUGAUAAUGUUGCUCAAGAUAUGACGAAUCUUGCUAAAGAAUCGGGAGUCAAUUCGUUCAUGCUUUACAUGGCUUAUAAGGGCCUGUACCAAAUGUCCGAUCCUGACUUGUAUAAAACUAUGGAUCAUAUUAGGAAAAUUGGGGCGCUGGCCAUGGUUCAUUGUGAAAAUGGUGAUAUAAAACAAUUAAAUGCGGGAAAAUUAGUGGAACAAGGAUUAAAGGGGCCUGAAGGAUGCUUGUUAUGCAGCCCUGAAGAAAUAGAAGGGGAAGCUGUGCAUAGAGCCAUUGUGAUAGCAGGACAAGUCAACUGCCCAUUAUAUAUCAUUCAUGUUAUGAGUAAAACUGCUGCGUCAAUUAUUGCCAAAUCCCGUCAAAAGGGUCACGUAGUUUACGGAGAAGCAAACGCAGCAGCAUUGGGAACGGACGGUACCAAUUACUUCAAUGCUAGUUGGUCGCACGCCGCUGCUCAUAUAACCUCUCCUCCUUUAAGACCUGAUCCUUCCACCCCACCUACUCUUAUGAACCAUUUGGCCAAUGGUGAUUUACAACUCUGUGCAAGUGAUAAUAGAACUUUUUCGACCGCUCAACGCAAAAGCUUGUUCGAUAAAGGCGGAGAUUUCAGAGUUUUACCAGAGGGUGUUAAUGGUGUAGAGCAUUGGAUGUCCGUGCUUUGGGAAAAGGGAGUUGUUAGUGGGAAAAUGGAUCCGUGUAGAUUUGUUGCAGUCAGUAGUACCGACGCAGCCAAAAUAUUCAACUUAUACCCGAGGAAAGGGAGAAUACAGGUUGGUGCUGAUGCCGAUAUCGUGGUAUGGGACCCACAUGUGACAAGGACAAUAACGGCAGCUACUCACCACCAAAAGGUUGACUUCAACGUUUUCGAAGGUAUGGAAAUCCACGGGGCUCCGUGUUACGUUAUAUCACGAGGACGGUUAGCGGCUCAAUUACCAAGCGAACCGGGUGUGAAAGAUUUUAAUCAAGAAGGAAAAGAGAUCGUUAUCAAUGAUGAUGUUAUACCCGCGGGUAGUGGUCGCUUCAUACACACAUCCCCAUUUUCGCAAUUCAUUUACCCCAAAAUUCAAAUGCGGAGUAAAUUAAACAGAGCACAUAAUGUGCCGAGAUAUAAUGAACACGAACACGUUGAUGGUGGCAGCACAGAUUCGAAACAAUUAAAGUCGAAAAAGGUCCAAGAAAAUAUGGAUAUUAAUGAUAUCGAAUAUAAGCCACACCAUAGAAUAAUAAAACAACCACCAGGAGGAACAUCAUCUGGAAUUUGGUAAUUACUGAUUAGAUUUUAGAAAGAAAAAACCCGAAUAUUAUUAUCAUUCUUGCUCACUAUUUGACUUGCAACUGAUUUAUAUAUUUUUUCUUCUUCUCGAACAUGGUAUUUUAUAAAAAGCUAAUAAUUUAACACUGAGUCUUUUUGUUAUUACUAAUCGAU